UCUUCUCCCCGCCUCCGCCUGCCUCUCCCGGCCCCGUUAUAGCCCCUGAGGGGAGGGAAGAGCCCGGAGUCCAGCCUCAGAGAGGGUCCAGGCUGAGGGAGUGAGGGGCCCAGAGAGAGAGAGAGGAGCCUGGGGGACAGAGCUUUCAUUCCUAGUUGAAUUACUACUGCUUCAAUCAAGAUGCCGCCAGCCAUUGGAGGUCCUGUAGGAUACACCCCACCAGAAGGAGGGUGGGGUUGGGCUGUAGUUGUUGGCGCCUUUAUCUCUAUUGGUUUUUCCUAUGCAUUCCCAAAAUCCAUUACCGUAUUUUUUAAAGAGAUAGAGAUCAUCUUUGAAGCGUCCAGCAGCAAAGUGUCCUGGAUCUCCUCCAUUAUGCUGGCAGUUAUGUAUGGAGGAGGCCCUAUCAGCAGUAUCCUGGUGAACAAAUAUGGAAGUCGGCCAGUCAUGAUUGCUGGAGGCUGUCUCUCAGGGUGUGGUUUAAUUGCUGCCUCUUUCUGUAAUACUGUGGAGGAGCUUUACUUUUGUGUUGGGGUUGUGGGAGGUCUUGGACUUGCAUUUAAUUUAAACCCAGCCUUGACAAUGAUUGGCAAGUACUUCUACAAAAAACGUCCAUUGGCUAACGGACUGGCAAUGGCAGGCAGCCCUGUGUUCUUGUCUACUCUGGCUCCUUUAAACCAAUAUUUCUACAGUAUUUUUGGAUGGAGAGGGAGCUUCUUGAUUCUUGGAGGUCUCUUGCUUAACUGUUGUGUUGCUGGGUCCCUGAUGAGACCAAUAGGUCCCAAGCCAGAUCAAGUUAAAAAAGAGGUUAAUAAGGAAGCAUUGCAAGAAGCUGGAAAAGUAAUGAGAAAAGAAGAAGGCGCAGGAGAUGUCAGUACAGAUCUUAUUGCUGGGAAGGCUAAAAAGCAGAAAUCUACAGUCCUCCAGACUAUUAACAAAUUUUUGGAUUUGUCACUCUUCACACAUCGUGGCUUCUUGCUCUAUCUGUUUGGCAAUGUAGUCAUGUUUUUUGGACUAUUUACUCCAUUAGUUUUUCUCAGUAACUAUGGGAAGAGUAUGCAUUUUUCUAAAGAAUCUUCUGCCUUCCUGCUGUCCAUUCUGGCCUUUGUAGAUAUGGUUGCCAGACCAUCCAUGGGCUUGGUGGCAAACACAAAGUGGGUGAGGCCCAGGGUCCAGUAUUUCUUUGCUGUGUCAGUGGUCUAUAAUGGAGUAUGUCACCUGCUGGCACCUUUGUCCACCACCUAUGCUGGCUUUUGCAUCUAUGCGGGUUUCUUUGGAUUUGCCUUUGGCUGGCUCAGCUCUGUCUUGUUUGAAACAUUGAUGGAUUUAGUUGGAGCACAACGGUUCUCCAGUGCUGUUGGAUUGGUGACUAUUGUGGAAUGUUGUCCUGUGCUUUUGGGACCACCUCUUCUAGGUAAACUCAAUGACAUGUAUGGUGACUACAAAUACACCUAUUGGGCAUGUGGAAUCAUCUUGAUCGUCUCUGGGAUCUUCUUGUUUAUUGGGAUGGGCAUCAAUUACCGGCUUUUGGCAAAAGAACAAAAGGCUGAGGAUAAGCAGAAGGCUGAAGGGAAGGAAGAAGAAACUAAUAUUGAUGAAGCUGAAAAACAAAAGGAGUCCAGCAAUGAUGUGGCUAAUCAGCCCCAGAAAACCACAGAAGAUGGUAUAAAGGAGGAGGAUAGCCACAUGUGAAAGACUGGUAUCUAAUUCAAUAGGGUUUGAUUUUUAUCAGCCUGAAGGGGUGAGCACUGCCAGUAGUGAAUAGUGGUGAGCAAUGUAUAAAUCAGGUUACCUUAAAAACAAAGCUGCAAAUUGUUUUUUAUCAGCAUUUGACACAAGUAAAAGUUCAUUGGGCAGUGCCAUCUUUUUACAGGGGGUUGGAUGGGGAGGGAGGGAAAUUUUUGUACUCUGGCUUUUUUUUAACAGUAAUGUGAAUGUACUAAUAUGUGCCUUAGAGCUUGCACAUUUAGGCUAUUCUGGCAAAGCCUUAACUCCAUUCUAUAAACCUCCUUGCAGGUUUGUAGUCUACUUAGGCUAUAUCUGUAAAGAAUAUCUGAUUACUUUUAUUCAAUAAGUUUCAGGGUUACUUGAACACUAUUGCAUAUGUUUCUAAAAUUCAUUACUUUCAGAUAUGUAGUAGAAGUACAAACUUCUUUGGAGCACAGGUGAGGAAAGGUUUGUGAGUAUUUAAUAAAUAAUAUUGCAGUCCAAAUGUUUUUGGAUGCUGGAUUCAAGCCAGCUUGGCUGAUACUUUUAAUAACAUUUGAAAACAUUUCUAAUUGUUCAUAGUGUUCUUUUCUUUUUUUUUUUUUUUUGCUUCCUAAUUAAAUUUGACAUCUCAAAAUUGAAUAAAAUAUGCAGAUACCACUGCAUACUGUCUUCACUCGACUUACUAUAAAGUCUAGCCUACUUUGCGACUAUCGUUAUUUUUUCUCCUUCUCAUCAGCCUAAAAUGCGUGGGAAUCAUGUGACCCAGACACCGCUAGACAACAGUGUUCACCAUUGGCUAUGAUAGCUAAAGCUACUCAGAGUUACAGGCCAGUGGUGUUUGAAUGGCUGUAUGAUUCCCAUCUCUGUUUUGAUACAAUAUUAAGAAAUGAAGCAGGUAUUUUCAAGGAGGUGAGGUGAUUAAACAGUAUAUGCCUAAACUAUAAUUUAGAGAAUCUAAAUAACCAAUUUUCACUGUCUUCUGCCUUCUGUAGAUGAACUUAACCUUGGAAUUAGAAAGAUUAAAGAUCUCAUCCUAAGCAUGCUUUCUUUGAAGAUAAUUCUCCAAAUCACAGCUAAACGUAUUUAGUGUCUGUCAUGUGGUCAGCAUCAUUGCCACUCAUGCUGGUAGUAUAAUCUCCCGGCCUCUAACCAACUUCACUGCUUCCAAAGGGAUGCAUUUUCAUUUUUUACUUUCCUCUAAAUAUUCUUAGGGAAGACCUACUGCCUGUUCAAUUAUAUACUGUACUGCUCAGAGAAUGGUGUUGAACACUAUAGCUGUAUUGCCAGAGCAGAUACCUCUUUGAAACGUGCUCAGAAUAAAUUUGUUAAAGAGCAGCAUGUAUAUUCUUUAACUGGAUCAAAAAACAGGUGCAUUACUUGUUGUUCACAGUUCUGUAUGUUUUUUCUUUUAGCUCCCAGUUCCAAAUGGACUAAGAAUUUGCAGUGAUAGGUAACUGCUCAUCUGCAAGACGUUUUAUCUAGUAAAAGAUGGGAGAAUCCUUUUUAUGUGUGUAUUUAUUUUUAUUUUUUUAUUAGUACUGACAAACACCAUACUUCUCUGCUGUAGAUCAUACUUUAUAUGGGAGAAUAAGCAGAGAGCAUCUUCUGGUCAUAGGCUAAUUUUUCUGUGCGUUAAUGAAUAUUUCUCAGUUGUUGACUUUUUCAAAUAAAUUCUGAUGUAAAAUGCAACCACCAACUGUGGAUGGGUUUUUCCUACUUUAAACUAUUUUUUUUAACCUUUCACAGCCAUAUUCCAAAGUGAAUGAAUACAAUGAUACACUAUGGGCCUACUUGUAAGGAGAUAGAAGCAGAUGAGCCCUUUAAACUGUAAAAUUAUGUUCCAUUAAGAUGUCAUAUAUUGAUUCAGUUAAACCUAUGAAAGCCAGUAAGCUGCAAGAGAAUGACUACUAAAAACACAAUUCUGGGUCAUUGUAUAACUAGGGUAGUGCUAAUGUAAUAGCUGAAGUGAACAAUAGUACCUUGCUUGUAUUCAAUUAUUAAUAAGACAAACUGUUUUAAUCCAGAAGCACAUGUCCUGUAGUGCUAGAUCUGGGAGAGGAGGAAGGGAUUCUGGAUAUCUCUCAUUUGGGAAGCCACCCAUUCUCUGUAGCUCUGGCAAUAUGCAAAGCAAGCAAUACUACAAUUUGUUGUUUUAAGAUAUGGGGGAAAAUCAAUUUUCUAUAUUUUGAACGUGUUUUAGAAAUUUGAGCCUAACCUGAUGUGAAUCGGAUUAUGCAAUUACAACCUGUAAUUUAUUUUCCCUUCCCCACUCACAAACUUGUUAUAAUAUGCAUGGCUUGAUAAAUUGGGGAAGAUGUUUCUUACACAAAGGCUUUAACAUUGAGUGUUCAGAAUUCGUUGGAUUCUCUCUCAGGUAAUGGCUUUAGAUCAGUGGUUCCCAACCUUUGGUCCUCCAAUGAUUUGGACUUCAGUUUCUAUAAUUCUUGACUGUUGGUCAAGUUGGCUGGGGCUUCUGGGAACCGAAGUCCAAAAAAAUGGAGGAUCAAAGGUUGAGAACCACUUCCUUAGAUGAUACCAGCAUGGGAACUUCUUAUGUAUCUGAUUUUUUUUUAAAUGCUGUAAAAGCUUGCCAGGGAUUAUACAUUCUUUUGCAGAGACUAUUUCGUUAUAGCUGAAAGUAGGCUUGCUGUGGUUUAGCAGUUCUGCACACCCACAUUUUCAAUCCCAGUUAUAAACUUUGUGGCUAAUGAUGAUCCCAGAAUCCCUAACACUCCUAGAUGCCCUUUUGUGGGAACAACAUAGGGUUUUGUGGGGCCUGUGGGUGAUUAGGUAUCUCUGAGACAAUAACAACAGGACUCAGACUUCUAGCAUGUAAGAUGUGAUGUUUUGUGUUUGCUCUAUGAAGGCUAGUAGAAUGUUGGAAAAUAAUGUAGGACAGAAAUAUAGUUUUAACAUGAAUGCUUUUGAUAUUUUGCUCAUGCAAGUGUUGAAGUGAGCAACAGCUAAGAAACUUAACUGUUCACCUUCACAUACCACAAUGGACCCACACAGAUAUAUAUUUAAAUAUUAAUCAUACCAUAGUGCUCUACUCCAAAAGCAACUAGUCCAAACCCGCCUUGAAUCUCAUUGUGGGAGAAAGGCGAGAUAUAAAUAAAUAAAAAUAAAUAAAAUAUGGCCUUUGGCUUGAUCUCUUCUAUUCCUUGCUCUAAAUUCUAAAGUCUUCUGCAAGUGAUGAGGUCAAGCUUUUGCAAGAGUGUGUGGGAGACAGAGAAGUGGGAAAGAAAGAGAAAAGUUGAAAAGAGAGAGAGAGAAAGUGAAAAGAGAUGAGCUUCCCUUCUUUGGUUUAGUUGGAUCCACUUUGGCUUCACCCUUUCCACUGGCAUGUGAUCCCCAACAGAUUAUGCUGAAGGAAUUUGUCCUUCAACAGAUAACUUUUUUUCUCUCAGUUGAAAUCAACAUGUCUAUUUUACACUAUUUGAAUCCAGUAGAUUUAAACCUAUGGUGUUCCUUCAUUGUGUAUCCUGCUAAGUUUUAGUAGCACAAAAUCACUUUUCCACAAAACUCCUGCCUUGUCAAAGCUCAUAUCAAAGAUAAAUUUUUAAUACUUUUGUAGAAAGCAAAAUAAGCAGUCUGCAUGCUUAUAUUGCUGUGUAAAAAAAUAGUGCUAGUAACUGGCUCAUGCUUCAAGUUUAUAUGAAUGAACCAGAACAAAUUAAAAUUUACAUUCUCUGUUCCUCCACCCCAUACAUAAAUUCUGACAAGUGACCUUUCCUUUAUUAAAGCCUUUGGAAGUUCCUUUACAGUAUUACACAAUGCACUGUGAAAUCCUCUGUUCUGUUGUCUUAGCUGCUGAUUUUUUUUUAAAAAAAUUACAAUUUCAUUCUGCUCAAAAAUUGUAUAAAAAGGAACAGGUCAGGGUAUUUUCAUACUUUAGAAUAUGUUUAUAAAGCCAAUAGAGUAUUUUGUAUAAAGAGAUUUUAUGUACUGGUUGAGCUGUAAUAUUGUAAAACCAAGUUGUUAUAUGUUCAAAAGUUCCAUGUGUCAAGAGUUCAUGAUAACUGUUUCCUGUUGCAAUAAACUAAUCUUGAAAAGUU